AAAACUUUAUUGAGCCAGAGAAAGCUGGGGGGAUAGGGUGUCCGGGCCGGGCCGGCCACGGCCUGGGAGACGAUGUCGGUGAACUACGCGGCCGGGCUCUCUCCUUAUGCGGACAAGGGCAAGUGCGGGCUCCCCGAGGAAAAAUGUGAUAUAGUGGAAGAAUCAUGGACUGAGUCAGGAGACCUGACUCAUGCUCUUAUUAGCUUCCUCCUCAGUUGAGGAAACUGAAGCUCAGCGGGGUUAACUGGUAUUUGUUAGUUUUGUGACCAUGGACAAAUCUUCGACCCCCCUGAAGAGCUAGACAGAAAAGUAUGGGAGCUGGCACAGCUGAUUCAGAGGUCUUCCAAUGUGGUAUUCCAUACAGGUGCAGGCAUCAGCACUUCCUCAGGCAUCCCAGACUUCAGGGGUCCCCAGGGUGUGUGGACCAUGGAAGAAAGGGGUCUGGCACCCAAGUUUGACACAACAUUUGAGAGUGCCCAGCCUUCUAAGACCCACAUGGCCCUGAUUCAACUGGAGCGAGUGGGCAUCUUGAAAUUCCUGGUGAGCCAGAAUGUAGAUGGUUUGCACGUACGCUCCGGCUUCCCCAGGGACAAACUGGCCGAGCUCCAUGGGAACAUGUUUGUGGAAGAAUGUGCCAAGUGUAAGACGCAGUAUGUACGAGAUGUGGUGGUGGGCAGCAUGGGCCUCAAGGCAACAGGUCGGUUGUGCACUGUGGCAAAGGCCCGAGGUCUCCGGGCCUGCAGGGGGGAACUGAGGGACACAAUCCUGGACUGGGAAGAUGCUCUACCUGAUCGAGACCUCAGCCUUGCUGAUGAAGCUUGCAGGAAUGCAGAUCUAUCCAUCACGCUGGGUACAUCACUGCAGAUACGACCCAGUGGCAACCUGCCUCUGCUCACUAAACGCAAAGGAGGCCGCUUGGUCAUAGUCAACCUGCAGGCCACCAAACAUGAUCGCCAGGCUGACCUUCGAAUUCAUGGCUACGUCGAUGAUGUCAUGGCCAAGCUCAUGAAGCACCUAUGCUUGGAGAUCCCUGAGUGGCAGGGGCCCCUUGUGGUGGAACAAGCCCCACCCCUCUUACCCCUUCCGAUACAGGUGAAAGCUGAGCCCCCCACCCUGCAAGCCCUGCCUGCAGCACCCAAGGCAGAGGCCUCUGUCCAGCGCCACAGACCAAAGCAGGAAGGGGGCAAACGGGAGCAACCCCCUGCUACCCAGCUGCCCAAGAGGCUGAAGGUGGAACCUAUGCCCAGCUGAAUUGGUUUGAGACAGCAUGUGGACUCAGCCUUAUAUAUUCCUCUCUAAGCUCCAGUCUUCCUCACUGUACAGAGGGGGGAUACACUCAAGCAAUAUCUAUAGGCCUGUCCAAUGCUAAGUCCCAGCGACAGUGUGCCCUAGUAGAAGGAGCACUGGACUUGGAGUCAGAGGACUUGGGUUUGAAUCCCAUCCUGUGUAAUUUUGGAAAAGUUGCUACACUCCUCUGGGCCUUAUAGUUUCAUAUUUGUAAAAUGAAGUUGAACUAACUAAUCUUGAGGGGCUUUUCCAGUUCCUAUAAGUUAUGAUCCUAUGAUGGGAAUGAGAAAGUCUGGGUGGGUUUUUUUAUUUUUAAAUAAAUUUGGUUUCUUUUUUUCA